AUGGAUGAAAUGGAAAUUGAUGAUGGACAGCUUAUAGAAAUUGUAAGACACUUUUCAGUUUUAUAUGACAUCAAACAUAAAGAGUACCGAAAUCAUGAAGUGAAAACGAAUGCCUGGAAAACGAUCGGGGAAACCAUGAAUCGACCUGCUGCAGAAUGUGAAGCACGUUGGACUACCCUUAGAAAUGUAUUCACAAGGGAAUCAAAGAAGGCUAAAGUGGUACCUUCUGGUUCAGGUGGCAAAGGGAAACCAUGGAUUUGGUUGGAAGAAAUGAGCUUUCUAUUAGGCUUCAUUCGAAGAAGAAAAACAAAAGGUAAUGUAUCAAAACCUGAAACUGAUGAAAUUGAAAUGGAUACUCCAUCAGAGGAUGUCUGGGACACAAUGUCCGAAAUAUUCUUUGAUUCAAGCCAAGUGGAACCAAUGGAAAAAACAGGGGAGGAAACCCAAGAUGAGAAUCGUGAUCCAUUUGAGGCAGUUGAGGUUGUCUGUGAAACAGAAGAAGUCCCAGCAAAAAAGAAGAAAUCGAAUGAUGAUCCUAUAGUACCAGUAGUACACCUAAAAACUCUUCACACCCAUCCAUAA